AUUUAAUAACUUUGCCAGCACGGUAUCUCAGUGUGAAUAUUUAACUACUGAUUGCUUGUUAAUUACUUGUUAAGUUGGGGGGAAAAGAUAAGCCUGCAGGGAAAGCUGUUUAGAUUAAGCUGCCUGCAUCCUCCAUCAUUAUAUGUAAAGGAAGUUUAGCUAUUUAGGUUAGGUUACUUGUAUUAGUGUAUUUAUUAAAUAUGCAUUAGACAUUACCUCCAUGGCAGCUGGCAGUAAUAUGCUAAAUAUAGUGAAACUUUAUAUUAAGAACAUAGGAACAAGAUCGGCAGUUCAAGAAAGCAAAUAAGCCAUGUAUCUUUAAAACAGACGACACAGACGUACGCUGUUCUUAGAGCUCGACCCGAACGACCCAUCAACAAUUAAUUUAAUUUUCGCUUCCUUUAGAAGAACUUUAUUAAAUUCGCCAGUUUCGACUAAGACCUGGAGGUGCCAUACUUUACGUUUAAGUUACUCUAGUUGGGGAAUUCCCUCAUUACAUCAUUUGUGUAGAAGGGAUUCCUCCAAGGGGGAAUUCAUCAGACCAGUCGGAAUGAUGAAUGGAAUGGAGUCUCGAAGGCGGGGUGCGUAAUGAGCUUGGCCGCCUUUCUUCUGGUCCUUUCACUACUAGAGUCAGGAAGCUUUCCAGGAACUUGCUCAUGCAGAUGUUGAUUUCAGAGAACUUCCACAGAUUUUACUUGAAGAGAACUCCUGGAAGAUGUUGGUUGAAUAUUGUUGAUGGUUGGUAUUAUUCCUGCAGUAUUCUCUUAGUCCUCUAGAAUAUAUGCAGUGUCCUUUGCACUCAGUGUAAACAUUGUGAGAAGGACAGAGUGAACUGGGUGAGAGAACAAAGGGCCUCGCCUGUGUUGAUUGUCCUUAGGGGCCUGUCUGGGUGAGUCAACCCCUUUUUCCCAAAUUUAUCAGCUGAGGGUCAGGACUUUCAUCCUGUAGGCCAGCCAUCAGAUCUCAGCCAGUGGUCUAGAUCAAUGAGUUUAAGAAAGGUUUCCUAAUCUGUGAGGGUUUCUAGAUUGUUCACAGUAUAGUGAGAACCCCGCAGUCAGCCACGAGCUGUAAUUAACUUGGUGCCUCAAAGUCAAAGGUGGCUCAUGAUUCAAACUUUAUGUGAUGGGUGAUUUUUUGCUGCUUAUGCAUUGAGGUCCUACAGCCCAUAAAGGAAAUUUGGUGGAAAAAUAUCUUAAUUUAAAUGGAGAGUAAAAUUAAUGAAAGGUGUUACACAAGCCUGUAAGGGGGAUAGAGAGAAAACACUUUGCCAAAAUGGACAUAAGAGGAUUUCAACUCGUGAGCCUUCCAAACAGGAGGACUUUAACAAGUGCUUUUUUGAAUCAUUUCAUUUCAUCACCUGUCAUGUAAUGAUUUUUGUAAAGCCAGUACUAGAUGUUGAUAGAUACUAAAUAAAUUGUGAUGCACCACAAUAUCAUAAAUGAAUUGUGAUUAAAGCAGUGCAAGAGAAAGAGUAAAUCCGUUCAAAACACCGAAAAGUUCAGUGUCAAUCUCUCUUGAGUAGGGACAGAAGACUACAGAUUCAUUCCCAGUACUAAAUACUGAUGAGCACCGAGUACUCUUCAUACACUUUUAUAAAUUUUACCUGACUGCUUCAGAGGGGGACAAUGUCUUCAGUCGAUGCAAUUCAAAUAAAAUGCAGCAAUUACAACUAAAAAUCGCAAGAUUCAAACAAGGAAAAAAAACAUGCGAUACAGCUAACACAAAAGUACAAAAGGGACUUCUGAACCCGGAAAACAAGUGGGUAUAUCAAGGGUAUACGCUAAUAUUGAUCCUUUGAAGUCAUUAUAUGCAAAAGAGAGAGAGAUAGAGAGAGAGAGAGAGAGAGAGAGAGAGAGAGAGAGAGAGAGAGAGAGAGAGAGAGAGAGAGAGUAUGUAGAGAUAUGUUGGUUAGCUGAAAUGACUGAUUAGUACUGCAUUAAAACAACCAAAAACAUUCUUCCUAUGUGUCCCCAGCACUGCAACCACAGUGACCCACUGUUUAAGUGAGGGUGCGGAAGCAUAAACUGUGUGGUUAACAACUCAUUUUUCUUUUCUCAGAACUGCGUCGUCCCUCAAAGGAGAACUGAAACGUUGGACCUGCACCAUUAAAAGGAAAACUCUUAGCUCUGAAAAACUUUACUGAAGAAGGCAUUUGAAAGCUAUUCUCUCUCCAUUUUACAGAUUCAAACAUCAUCAUGGAUACAGAUGAAGCAGGUGACUACCCUGAAUAUAAUGACCAUGAUAAUAAAAUGGACAGUUCAUCUGCAGCAUUAGUGCCCUCAACAGUGGCUCCAGCACACUGCACUGACGCGAUCUGUGUUUUACUGGCAAUAGCCAAUGUGAUUAUUAUGGCUCUUGGUAUUGCUGGAAAUGGUUUGGUGAUCUGGAUCGCAGGGUUUAAGAUAAAGAAAACAGUCAACACUGUCUGGUACUUCAGCCUCGCUGUGUCUGACUUCCUCUUCUGUGCCUUCCUGCCCUUCUCCAUUGCCUAUAUUGUUAAACGUGAAUGGGACUUUGGACUCUUCAUGUGCAAGUUUACGUCUUUUAUUUUGUUCCUCAACAUGUUCAGCAGCAUCUUCCUCCUCCUCAUCAUUAGCGUGGAUCGCUGUGUUGCGGUUAUGUGUCCUGUAUGGGCACAAAACAAGCGCACCAUACGCAGGGCCUUGGUGAUGGUUGCACUAGCCUGGACUAUCUCAGCAUUGCUUAGCUUGCCACCGGCCAUUUUCCGAGAUAUAACAAUAUCCAACUCAAAACAUGUCUGUUACUACAACUAUUCGCACGAUGAAGAACAUAUUGCUGUAGUGGUAUGCCGAUUCAUUUUUGGAUUUGUGAUCCCCUUACUGAUCAUCAUCAUCUGUUAUGUCCUCAUCACCCUAAAGCUAAAAAAUAACCAGACGGCGAAGUCCAAUAAGCCAUUUAAGAUCAUGACAGCACUGAUAGCUGUUUUCUUCAUUUGCUGGAUGCCUUAUCACAUUUUUAACUUAUUGGAACUAAACCCAAAAUAUGCCUAUAUCCUCCCUAUCGGGCAAAAAUUUGGAAGCACUCUUGCCAGCGCCAACAGUUUUAUGAACCCGUUGCUUUAUGCGUUCAUGGGAAAGGACUUUAAGAGGAAAUGUUAUGCACUUCUGUCUAAGAUUGAGAGCACAUUCGAGGAGGAGGCCCGGAGUACACUACGAGGGACGUCUAUUACUAACUCAGGAGACGGCAAACUUUCAAGUACAGUCUAAAGUUGUCAGGCCUUUAAAGAAUUCCAUAUGAACAAAAAGAGGAAUUAAUUUCUGCUUCUUAACAGCCAGCUAAAUAACAGAGAACUAAAGAAAUACAAAUAAACAGCACGUUGUAUAAUUCUGAAUAGUAAUCUCAAUGCAAAAUAAUCCUUGUUUUAAGAGAAUGUAUGUGGAAAGAAACAUUUACACAGAAGAUUUACAUUUUCUUCAGAUUGAAAGCAUGUACUGAGCUCAACUUCCUGUCGUCAUAUAUUAUUACACCUCAUCACGUCAUGUUUAAUUUAUUAUUAAAAACCCUAACUUUGAAAGAUGAGAGAAGUUAGCUUUUUUAAAAAUAAACUAAACAUGACGUGAUGUGGUCAAAUAAUAUAAGUGACAACAGGAAGGACAACAGGUUCCACAGCAUUAAAAUGUAACUAUAAAUGGAUGAGAUACAAACAAAUAGCACUCUGUAUAAUAUUGAAUAACUCUUGCUUUAAGAGAAUGUAUGUGGAAAGAAACAUUUACACAGAAUUAUUACAUUUAAUUCAGGUCAUGAAAGGACGUAUUGAGCUCUCAUCCUUCAAAGUUAGUUUUCUUUUUAAAAUAAAUUAAGUAAGGAGUAAAACAUGACACGGUAUAAAGAAAAGAAAAGAAAAAAAGGAGAGAAUGGUUUGGGAACAACUGUUUAUAGCUAUAAUAAGUGAUGACAGGAACUUGGUUCACAGACAUUCCACAGCAUUAAAAUGUAAAUAUAGAUGGAUGUGAAAUGUACGAUAUGUUGUUCUUUAAAUAAAUAAAUUAAAAGAAUUGUUAACAAAUUGAUCAUGCUGUUAUAGGACAAUAAUCAACUUCAGCAUGGUGACAGUAAGUUUGCUUAACACUGGGCCACCCCAUCGUUGAUUAUUUUCCAAUAACAUCAUCCCCCAAGAGUUUGACUCCUUACUUUAUAAUAUUAAGUUUAGGUGUUUUGAUGGUUUCAGGUGUAAAAAAAGUGCUUAGGAAAUUCUCACUCUGAAAAGGUUGCCUGUAAAUGUAUGCAAGAGCAUUUAUUGUCACCUUUUACAUCACUCUUUAUACUUAUUCUCAGAUUAUUAUACUUAUUCACCUUUUAUUUGAUAUUCACUCUGCACCUUAUGCUAAUACAAUUUGUGCAUUAAUACCUAAUAAAUGUGAUUGCAUUAUUUUUCUCCUUUUUAAUUUUAAUUAAUUCUGUCAUUUUUAUUAUUAUGAUGUAAUUUUUUAAAAACAUUUUUUACAAAUUAUUUUUAUUUUCAUGUUACCAUCUUAUAUAUUAGUUUGCGAUGUUUAGGGUUAGUACUUAUGAAAUGAAUAAUAUAUAUUCUGUAUCUCAUGUUUGAUUUUGUACCUUUAAUUCUGCAUUAAAACAUUCCUGUUUCACUGCA